GGCAGGAGGACACAUAAAGAUUUACAAGGGGUUCAUACUGUCAUAAUUGCUGGAUGUAUCGGCAAGUAUGGCGGAAAAAAAUGCAUGGACACAAGCUUUACGAUUUCUUCGACAGUAUUUAAAAGGCCUUGAAGAUAUUUCCACCCGGUACGGGCUAUCCAAUGAACAUGUCGCUCUUGUGACAUUUGGUCACGAAACAAAAGUACAACAGCGGUUAACAAAUAACUACAAGACAUUGCGACAGCUUGUUGAAAAUCAGCGGCUUGGAGGACCAAGUCCACUAUAUGGAGGGUUGGUGUUAGCUUUAGGAACUGCAGGAUCACCAGAGCGUCAUAUCGAGGUUGUAAACCACGUUACAGUAUUUACCAAAGUGAUAAUUAUUACGGACGGUCAACUUACAGAAGUGGGCCAAUAUGAAGGACCGGAUAAAGCUACGGGAGAUUUAAGCGAAACUAAAGCAAAGUUAGUGCAAUGCAUGGAAGAAUACAAAAGCAAUCAUAUUGACACGUAUUUUGUCAAAGUUGGAAAACCAAGCGAAGACACACGACAGUUUACCGAUUUAAUGAUGGCUAUAGUAGAUGGCAAAAGACUUGAUUUCAAAUCUGGUACACAGUUUUCAAGACGCCUGUAUUUAACAACAAAGAUACAAGACCCACUUGGUUUAAUAGAAUUACCAUUUUCACUGUUUGGGAACUCAGGAGAAGACUUUUCCGAAGAAGAUAAGCGUAUGAUUGCUGAAAUCAAAAAUGAUGCUCGAAAGAAUUUACUUGCUACUAUGGUUAGCAAAGGAAAACAAAACAUGUAUAGGGAGAUUAAGGAUAGCAAAUUUCCACCAAUAGGAAGCCGUGUACGUAGAGGACCUGACUGGAAAUGGAACAUGCAAGAUAGCAAUGGCCCUGGUACAGUGACAGGGCAUGAUGAUGGGGAACAAGUAUGGGCUUGAAUGGGACGAAGAUGGCCACCAUAAUGUAUACAGAUAUGGGAAACCAGGUUAUGAUGUCCUUAUUUGUCGACGAACCUCGGAAACUCAGGUUUGGACAAGAAAUCGCAGUCGGUUGUGUUGU